AUGAGAUAUGGAGUUUAUAUAUCACAGCAUGCCUGGACCUAUUGAAGAAGAAUGCCAAAAAUUCCAUCAAGAAACAGAGGUUACAGAGAACUCUUCUUGUGUUUGAGGGAGCAAGAGAUGCUGGCCAUCUAGAAGCAAGCCUGUAUCUGAAAUGGAUUGAUGUGCUGUGUGACACUGGCAGUCCAGAUAAAGCUAUAGAUGUGUCUAAAGAAGCUGUUGAGGCACAUCCUAAGUCAUGUGACCUCUGGUACAAAUGUCUUUCGCUGAUGAUAAUGGGAAAUGAGGCCCUGGACAAGGUCCAAGAAGUCCUGAAACAAGCACAAAAUCUUCUUAAACAGAAGGAAACAUGGCCCCUGAUUCAACUAGUCCUGGAGUACUCUAUCAACAUAGAUGCUGCUGAUACCACUGUCAGGCUGCUAGAGAAAUCAAUGAUUGAUAGGUCAGAAGUGAGCACACCAGCCAAGAAUCUCUACCUGGAGUAUGAAUACCUCAAACAUGGAAUUGACCAAGCCAGAAAAAUAUACAAUAGGAUACAGCAGUUUAAACCAGUCUCAGCAGAUUUUUACAAGUCAUAUAUCAGUAUGGAAUUGGCACAGUCUAAACCCAAGAUGAAAAUUAUACGCUCAGUCUAUGAGGAGGCUGUGAGAGAACACGGUACCAAUGAGCCAGGUAAUUGUUGUAUCUCGAGACAAUGUGCUAUGGACCUGAAGAACUCUGAUUGGCCCAAAAUGUACAAUGAAAAAGACUAG